AUGGAAGCUCCCGGAGGCUUGCCGAUCCUGCUCCUCCACAACGCCACCGUCGUCACCAUGGACUCCGAGAGCCUCGUCUAUGGCAACUGUGCCGUCAUCAUCGAGCGCGACAGGAUCAAGGCCGUCGGCCACUUGCCCGACCUCCUCCGCCGGUUCCGCGGCGUCGCUAGCGAAGUCGUCGACCUCCGCGGCCAAAUUCUACUCCCAAGCUUUGUCAACACGCACGUGCACACGUCUCAGCAGCUGACGCGCGGGAUAUCCGACGACGUCGAUCUGGUGACCUGGCUGCACGACCGGAUAUGGCCUUACGAGGCCAGUAUGACCGAGGAGGACUCCUACGUCUCCACCCUGCUCUGCGGAAUCGAGCUCAUUCACUCCGGUGUAAGCGCGCCGGACUUUGCGGGAUUUUUCGACUCCAGUGUUUCGUUGCGGUUUUCUGGAAUUGCGAUCAAGAUGUGUUGGUAG